AUGCAUUUCAAGAACGUCUUGGUCAGCCUCUUUGCCCUGACCGUCUCGGUCAAGGCUAUCCCUGAUGUCGACACCGACUUCAGUCUCGAGGCCCGCGACGAUACUGCUCCUAUCGAGGCUCGUGAUGAGUCCGAGUUCCUCGCUGAGCGCAACUACUACCCUCCCCCAUCCUGCAAGGAGAACGAGCACUACAACUCGCACUGGAAGAAGUGUGUCUGCAAGGACGGCUACGAGGAGAAGUAUGGCAAGUGCGUUGCUAAGAAGCCUUCUUGCAAGGAGAACCAGUACUACAACUGGAACUGGAAGAAGUGUGUUUGCAAGGACGGUUAUGUUGAGAAGUACGGCAAGUGUGUCAAGCCCACUUGCAAGGACAACGAAGUCUACAACUGGCACUCCAAGAAGUGCGAGUGCAAGGAUGGUUACGAGGCUAAGUACGGCAAGUGUGUUCCCAAGUGCAAGUGGGGACAACACUAUGAUCAGCACGCUGGCAAGUGUGUCUGCCCCAGGGGAACAUCUGAGAAGUACGGCAAGUGUGUGAAGGACUGCCCUAAGGGACAAUACUACAACAAGCACUCUGACAAGUGCGAAUGCCCUCACGGUACCUCUCUCAAGUACGGAAAGUGUGUCAAGGACUGCCCUGCUGGAACCUACUACAACCGCCACAGUGACAAGUGCGAAUGCAACAAGGGCACUGAGUGGAAGUACGGAAAGUGUGUCCCCAAGUGCAAGUGGGGACAACACUAUGAUCAGCACGCUGGCAAGUGUGUCUGCCCCAAGGGAACAUCUGAGAAGUACGGCAAGUGUGUGAAGGACUGCCCCAAGGGACAAUACUACAACAAGCACUCUGACAAGUGCGAAUGCCCUCACGGCACCUCUCUCAAGUACGGAAAGUGUGUCAAGGACUGCCCCAAGGGUCAGUACUACAACAACCACUCCGACAAGUGUGAAUGCAACAAGGGCACUGAGUGGAAGUACGGCAAGUGUGUCCCCAAGUGCGACGAGGGCAAGUACUUCGACAAGGACUCUCACAAGUGCGUUUGCGCCAAGGGUACUUCUGAGGUCUAUGGCAAGUGUGUGAAAGACUGCCCCAAGGGUCAGUACUACGACCGCUGGAGCAAGUCUUGCAAGUGCCCCAAGGACCUGAGCUGGAACGGCCACAAGUGCGCCUACGACUGCGGCCACGAGGCUGAGUACAAGUACGGCGCCUGUGUCUGCAAGAAGGACAACCAGGUCUUCAACAAGCACAACAAGAAGUGCUCUUGCAAGCAGGGCUACUACUACAACCAGCACAAGGGUGUUUGCAAGAAGGGCGGUUACUAA